AUGGCCCAUCCCAUGACACAGGAGUUAUAUCUCAUCGUGUCCGCGUCUCCCUUCGAUCUUGCUCGUCUUUUCUGCGCCUGUUCACCCUCGUUGAGGAACUCGUGUGUUCUCCGUAAGCAAUGUGCUGGAACUUGUUACCGGACAGCACAGCGAAGCACACCACAGCACAGCAUGGCAUGGCAAGCUCGACUUCUGAGGAACGGUGCUGCAGAAUUUGGAGAUCGAAGCGAGGGUUGUUCGUAUUUCCGUCGUCAUCGUGACCAGCCUGUUUCCGGCAGCCGAUACGUCACUUACCUCCGUGAUCUGCCCCUCCCGCAGGUUCGCUCCGUGGUCACCGCCCAAAGCCUGGGCCCGCGCUAUCCAGCAAGCUGUUUGCCGGACCCGCCAGGCGAGAAACGCUAA